AUGGGUGAUCAAUCAACAACUAACCCACGAUAUCGAUUGGUCAGAGAUUUCGGCGACAUUCGAGGGCUGCAGACGGAGGCAAAGCGACAAUUCGAUACAGAUAUUAUCCUGAGGAAUUCGUUACAGGGUGCUCCAAAUAGUCGGCAGAUCUACGAGCGGUAUGCUGCCCUCCGGCUACCUACAUAUGGGUGCAGCCUGUGGUUGUAUUUGCAUCGGCUAAAAUUGGGAUUAAUCUGGUUGGCAGAGACGGAUGAUGCUUAUCCCGGUGUUGCAAGUACGCAGGAGGCUUUGCGUUGUUUUCCUCCGUUCCGAGACCAUGAUGGGACUAUAUUCGGUGCAGUGGAUAUCAAUUGUCCCGACUGCAAUGCGGUUUUUUCUUCGCUAAGCGAGUUGAAACAUCACUAUCUAACGAAAUACUGUCCUGGCACUGCAAUUGCCGUAUAUGUGAUGACGCGGGACCGGUAUCUGAUCCUUGUCCACUACCGUUAUAGUCUAAUCACGAAAGGUUACCGUGUUGAGAAACGUUUCAUCCCGCUCAACUCCCGGCCGAUUUGCUUUUUCUGUGGCAACUGUGAAAGGCCAUUCACAUUUGGCGAUGGUGAGGAGGAAGGGCUUGAUCGGCAACGAACGGGAUACCAGCCGAUCUUGAACGAUCCGCGGGACGACAUCGUUGUUAGGGGCACAGCGAGAGACAUGGCCAGUGCUAAUCACAGUCGAAGUUCUAGCUUUACGCAAAAAGGCUCCAUGGGUUCCAAAGUCCCAUCAACGAACGGCACUGGGGACCAGUCCUUUUCCAAAAAAGCCCGAAAGAUACGUGAUUCAUGGUCGCUCAGAAGAGAGGAGGAUGAGCUGGUCGCUAUUGGAUUUGCGGGGCUAUAUGACCUGGAACGAGUACAUGCCCCCCACGGCAUCUAUCAGCAAAUUGAAGGCAACAAUGAGCCGGGAACAGCUCUGUCAACAAUGAGCUACGCUACGAAUGGAGUUAAUUACAAUGGAUCCAUUGUGGAGUCUAAACGGACGCUCUGUGACGAGGAAAGCGGUCAUCCGGGCCCUAAGAACGAGCUGCGGAGUGGCCAGGCUGAGAAAGAACGCCCGCAAGCGCAACAAAGAGCUUCAUGGAGGCAAUCAUUCUUGCAGAGACUCUUCGGUCGCAAGGUCCCCAAAGGUGUCUCACGUGCACGAUCUACCUCAGAUCGCGGUAAGAAGUUGAUUAAGAGAGCGAACACUAUACGGUUCUCGUUCGUCACCAAGUACACGCGAAGCGAAAGGAGAGCAGCAACGACCCGGAGAAGUGACGUGGUUUCGACGGAUGGCCGGACGCAGGUCACUGAGCCUACGCAGGAAUCUGUCGCGGAAACCGAAUACAUGGCCUUGCUACGGGAAACGCAGAAUAUCUUCAUCCACACCCAGCAUAUCUCGGGCGGCGCAAUUGUUCACGAUGCAUCUGGGCGUCAAAGAAUUUUGAAGAUUGAUGAGAUUGCCCAGCUUUUCCUACAGAUUAAAGACGAGCUCGCGGCUGCAAGCGCUUGGUCUCGUAUCCUCCACGAACAGAUGCGAGCCCAGAAUGCUCUGAAUCAGGGGAAUCUGGAAACUGCGAUUAGCAAAUUUCACAACGCGCUGAGAUUGCUCGAUGAGUGUCCCGCAUUAGAUAUUGACAAGCAUUGCCGAGCGGUACUUCUCCAUUCCUUGGGACGAGUAUAUCGCCAUUUGGAAAGGACACAAGAGGCGACUGUCUGUUAUUUGACGGCUCUUGGAUUAUUCAAGCGGACGUUUGGGCGCGACCAUCCCGAUAACUUCGCCAUUCUGCAUGACCUAGGAGCGCUCGAUUCAAAGGAUGGAUAUGCUACACAAGCAUCGGCUUUAUACGAGCGCUCGUUUGCAGGUCGCUUGAAGACAUUGGGGCACAACGACCCAGAGACUCUGAAGAGCAUGCAGGACCUUGCCACGCUGAAGGUCGCUUUAGGCGAUUUGGAAUCGGCCCUCCUCCUUCUGGAGAAAGCAGCCCCGGCACUCGAUACGGUUUUUGGGCUACAUAAUGAAAGAACAUUGACCGCAAAGAACCAACUAUCUCUCCUGUACCACAAACUUGACCUGAAUAAGGAGGCGCAAAUGAUCUGCGGCCGAACCAUCCCACAUUACAAGGCAGUCUUCGGUAUUACCAGUCCUAUCACAAGAGAAGCGGUCAUUCGGUAUCUUGAAUGCUCUGAGAAUUUUGACUUUCCAAGUGAAAUAAAUGACAUUCUUGAUCAAUAUCAACAUUCUCGGGAACCAGACGCCCUGCGGGUCAUCCAACAUUUAGGACGAUCGUAUAUCAAUGCUGGCCUCUAUCGGGAUGCCGCGAAUAUUUUCGAAUCUUUGGUCGAAGACUUCUUGGCCAUCAAGGGACCAGAAGCAAUCGAAACGUAUGAUGCUCUCAGCGCCCUCUGUGUCUCCCACGAACAACUCGACUCUAUCGACAAGGCCAUACUUGCCUACAAACAGCUAGUCCAUAUGGCGCGACGAACCCCGGAAGACCGCUACCUGCAGACGAGGAUAGGGUUCGCCGAGGAGAGGAUAUUGGCUCUCAACGGACGAAGAAAUAUGCUCGCAGCUGAGAAUCAAGAUUGGGCAUUGCAUGAGCCCGGGCCGUGUGAGAAGUGCGGCACCCCUACCACCACCUUGUGCAACACCUGCAAUAUCUUCCGGUUCUGCAAUGAUACAUGUCACAAGGCUGCCUCCGUCUCCCAUGCUUCCCAAUGCAUCCCAUCCGUCACCCGUCUCGAAUCCAAGUCAAUCCGAAUGAAGCACAAAUGCCCCGUCCCAGCACGCGACCUUGCGAUCACCAGAAUCCGCCAACUCGACACCACCCGACCUAUCAAUAUAACAGCCAGUACCGCUUACCAUCUCGACCAUCGCAAAUUCACUACCUUCCGGAUGAAACUCAACCCAAACGUUAACACAGUCAUCGUCUUCGCCCGCGAAUCCGACAUCCGCUACACCAUGAUCAACAACCCUCCACAUCUCUUCCCGCCCAGCAAAGUCCAAUGGACCACCCCAGAGCGUCAAGAAUCUAUCUUCUACGCCCCCGCAUCCCCCGGCUCUGACCCAACAGAAGAAGCAAGAUACCUUCUCGUCGCCCCGGGGAAGAAAAUGCUCCGCGCCUUGGUCGAUAAGCGCGUACGAGUCCGUGGCGGCGGCGGCGAAAAGGAACGCUUCCGAGCCCUUGAUAUCCCCAACAAAGACCUGGUCGAAUACGCCCAGGGACUUGUCCUAAAUGAUUAUCCGUAUGAGCCGUUCAUGUACGUUUUUGAAUGGGUGUGGAAAGAUUAA